AAAUAACUAAAUGCUUCCAUCAGUCUCGAAGCCGAAACAUGAAGAAAGUGAAUUAAUACCUUUCGAUCUUUCAACUCCUGAAUACGAUCAGGAUACCUAUAUGGGGAGAUUUCUCACAUUCUUACAAACUCAAAAUCCUUUAUUAACAUUCGCAACUACCUCAAAAAUCCAUGCUGCUCAAAACACUCUUGCUGAAUAUGAAGCACAAAGACAAAUUGCCAUAAAUAAAGACAACAUUUAUAAAAUUACAAGAACUAAAGCUAAGGAGCUCAGAGAGGCUCAAUACCUCAUAAGCUCUUGCGUACAUCCUGAUACAAAUAAAAUUCUUGCUCCAUGGCAAAGAUUUUGAUCAUACUCUGUGUUUAACAUUCCAAUUGGUUUUGGAUUGCUUCUAUGUGAGCAAACAGUGGCUGCAAUAAUCUUCUGGCAAUGAAUAAAUCAGACAUAUAAUGCUGUUUUGAAUUACUCCAAUCGGAAUGCCUCUUCAAAUUCUGAUACAAAGGGAUUGUUGAAGGCAUACUGUGCUGCUGUCAUUUGUUCUAUCACUAUUGGCUUGCUGGUAAAAGCCCUGCUUUCUCCUUACUUUGCCUAUUUUGAAGGAUCGACUCAGCAUUUCUUCAGCUUUUUUAUUUCUCUCUCUGCCUGUGGAUCUGCUGGAGUUGCCAAUGUUCUUAUUAUGAGAGCUUCAGAGAUGAAGGAAGGCAUAGCUUUAACUGAUGCUAAAGGGAAUGAAUUUGGAAAAUCCCCCAUUAUUGGAAAAAAUGCAGUCAUAAAGACUGCUCUUAGUAGAAUAUUUCUCCCUAUCCUUCCUCUUCUGCUGCCAACUUUGGCAUUCUUCCUGAUGGAGACCAUAGGCCUGGUUCCUGAAGACAUCCUUACAAAGAUUAUGAUUGAAAGUAUGGUCAUCUUUUUAUCUCUAUCUUUUGCUCCACCAAUAGGGUUAGCAAUUUUUAAACAAAAGAAUAAAGUCCCAGUCACAGGACUAGAGAUGAAAUUCCACAACCUCGUAGAUUCAGAUGGCAAGAGAAUAACAGAACUCUAUUACAACAAAGGCCUUUAGAUUUAUCCUA